AUGUCAAUUGCUCAAUUAUCAAACUAUGCUCCUUUACCAACAACUAAAAGAGGUCUAACUGUUCAUUUAUCUUAUGAUCCUAAAUCAGAUAGAAUAGCUUAUUGUAAUGGUAAAUCUGUCUUUAUAAGAUCUGUUGAAAAUCCGCACCACAACACAAUCCAAUUCACUGCUCACAAUUAUCCCACAACUGUCGCCAAAUUCUCUCCUACUGGCUAUUAUAUAGCUUCUGGGGAUGAAAGUGGUAAUGUCAAAAUUUGGGAUUGCUACACCUCAAAACUAAUUCUUAAAAAUGAAUUUCAAAUAAUAAACGGAAGAAUCAAUGAUAUUGCUUGGGACAUCGAAGGAAAAAGAAUCAUUGCCGUUGGAAAUGGUAAUGAAAAAUUCGGCCAUUGUUUUACAAUGGAUUCUGGUAAUUCAGUUGGUGAAAUCUCUGGUCAUUCUGCUCAAAUCAAUGCUGUGGAUAUUAAACCCAAUAGACCCUACAGAGCUGUAACUGUAUCCGACGACUCGGCUUUAGUCUUUUAUAAUGGUCCCCCCUUCAAAUUCGAUUCCAGUGUUAGAAACAAACAUACCAAUUUCAUUAGAGAUGUCAAAUACUCACCAGAUGGCAAGUAUAUUGUAUCUGUCGGUGCUGACAAAAAAAUCAUUCUUUACGAUGGCAAAACUGGCCAAUUUAUUAAAGAAGUCAAAUCAAAUGACCAAAAUAAAUCUCAAAAUCAUACAGGCAGUAUCUUUGCUGUCGCAUGGCUAAAUUCUUCAACCGAAAUCGUCACUUGUUCUGCUGAUUGUUCAAUUAAAUUAUGGGAUGUUGAAUUGAAUUUAGUAGUUAAAACUUGGGCGUUUAAUCUCAAAACCUUGGACAACUACCAGGUCGGUUUAAUUGUAACUAAUCACUACUUGAUUUCCUUAUCCUAUAAUGGAAAUUUAAAUUAUUUCCACUUGGUCAAUUUUGAGGAAACUCCAUUUCAAGUUAUAAAAGGCCACCAAAAGUCAAUCACUGCUUCAGUUAUCAACUCAAACAACUUAUUCACUGGUUCGUAUGAUGGUAGAAUCUGUAAAUGGAAUUUAAAUGACAAGACUAAUGAAAUUGCUUCCUAUAUUCAGGGUGAUAAUCAUAGCAAUUUAAUUGUUGGUUUAGUAUCAAAUCAAGAUAAUGAAAUCAUUUCAACUGCUUGGGAUGAUUUGUUAAAAAAGUUUAACAAUUUAAAUCUUGCGGCUGCUAGCAGUUAUCAAUUUACUAAUGAUUUCAAUAUUAAACUAGAAAAACAACCAAAGGCCAUUGCAUCCAACGAUUCAAUUAUCUCGUUAAUAUCUACUGACAAUACACUUAAAUUAUUUAGUGAUAAAAAUGGGAAACUCAUUAACUCCAAACAAUUUAAAUUUGAACUCUCUAAUACUUUAGAUAUCAACGGAAAUCUAAUCAUUAUCGGUAAUGACGAUGACAAUACUUUAUUAUCAUUAAAUACUGACAAUAUUGAUAAUAAAUUGGAAAAACUAGAUAUAAGUUUCAGAUCAAAAAUCUCAUUUAUUAAAAUCUCACCCAACAGAGAAUUUGCGGCCAUUGGUGAAAAUUCAGGAAAGAUUGUAUUAUAUAAUUUAAAGGAGAAAAAAAUUCAAACCAAUAAAUGGAGCUUCCAUACUAGUAAGAUUAAUUCAAUCAGUUGGAAUGUAAAUAAUAAAUUUAUUGUGAGUGGAUCAUUGGAUACUAAUAUUAUUGUUUAUUCAGUUGAUAAACCAAUGAGAAAUAUUAAAUUUUCAAAUGCGCAUAAAGAUGGAGUUAGUGUUGUUGAAUGGUUAAGUGAUGAUGUAAUUAUCAGUGGGGGAUCCGAUAGUUGUGUAAAAAAAUGGAAAGUUAAUUUCCAUCCAUAA